AAAUUGUCAAAUUCUGUUAAUAUUCUAGGCUGUGUAGUGUGUUAGAAUAUUAUAAACAUUACUUUUGUGACUAUUUAUUGAACAAGAAGAUUUAUUAUAGUUACGUUAUUGGCAGUUAAUAACAAGCGCUGAAAUGAGUUUACCGACAGACUUUGGUCCUGAUUCAGGCGGUAGAGUAAAGGGUUUAGUUAUUGUAAAACCAAUAGUAUAUGGGAACGUUGCUCGGUACUUCGGGAAGAAACGCGAAGAAGAUGGCCAUACACAUCAGUGGACGGUGUAUGUAAAACCUUACGCAAAUGAGGAUAUGUCAGCGUAUAUUAAAAAAAUUCACUUUAAAUUGCACGAAAGUUAUGCUAACCCUAACCGAAUAAUAACAAAACCACCCUACGAACUAACGGAAACUGGCUGGGGAGAGUUUGAAAUAGUAAUAAAAAUUUAUUUUCACGAUCCUAAUGAAAGACCAGUGACAUUGUACCAUAUUUUGAAACUUUUCCAAUCACCUGUUAGUGAGGGAAUGCCUCAAGUUGGACGAGCCCUGGUUAGUGAAUCAUAUGAAGAAAUUGUCUUCCAAGAACCUACUCAGUUAAUGCAGCAUCUUUUGAAUAAUGUUAAACCAAUAACUAAUGGUCCUUGGUGUCACGAUACAGAUUUUGAGGAUAAAAAGGAAAAGACACUAGAAAAAAUUAUUGCUGUACAAACAAAAGUGAGAAGUGAAAUAUCAGAGUUGAAAGAUAAACUGCAACUGGCAAAAGACACAAUAACAAAGUUCAAAGAUGAAAUAGCAAAAUUACAAAAUAAUCCAGGAUCCAAUCUCCUAUCAGUUAUUUGAUUUUAUUACGUACUUCAAGUAUUAUUAAUAUUUAAGUAAUUUAAAAAUAGUGUUAUUUUUAAAAAAAUUGACUUUUUACAAUUUUCCAAUAGACUUAAGAUUUUUAGAGAAGUUUUUACUUUAAAUAAACUUUUACAUAAAUAUAGAAGUUACGCAUUUGAAUA